CGCCGUGCGCGUUGGUUCAGCCCUGCGCAGCGGCAGCCCCGGUGGCCGCCGCAGCGCCGGGAGGAAGGGGGGAGUCGUCCACGGCGAUGAUGAAGGGAACGGUGGGCAGCCAGGUGGCUGCCGUCAUGCAGGAAAGCUUCGGCUGCGCCGUCGCCAACCGCUUCUACCAGCUCCUGGACGACGAGUCGGACCCCUUCGACAUCCUGCGGGAGGCCGAGCGCCGCCAGCAGCAGCGCAAGAAGCGCGACGAGGCGGCUGCGGCGGCCAGGAGAGCCGGCCUGGGCGGCAGGGCCGCCGGCGGCGGCGGCAAGAGGGAGUCGCAGAAGGAGCGCAAGCAGCCCGGGAGUCCCCCCGCGCCCGGGGGGCCGCCGCAGCCCGGCCAGAAGCGAGCACCUAAGUGGGGAGAACAGCAAGGAUUGAAUAACAAAGGAGCAGAGGUGAAACAAGACAAAACUGAAUGGAGACCAUCUUUCAGGGAAUGCCGUUCCUAUGCAACAGGAAUACAAGUGGAAUUCACAGUGGAAAAGAACAAAAAUCUGACUAGAAAUCUUCUUUUUAGACCAAUUGAAAGACUAGACCGUGAAAGGCGAAUAAGAGGUCGUGGCGGAGUAAGAGGUGGAAUGCGAGGUAGAGGAAGAGGUGGUGGAAUAAAUAGAAGUUUCGAUGGCUUUGACCAAAGAGGAAAACGGGAAUUUGAAAGACAAAGUGGGAAUGAUAAAAUGGGAAUGAAAGCAGAUGACAAAAAGGGGGAAGGUGGAGCUCGCGACUGGGGAACAGUUAAAGAUGAUACAAGUGGGAUGGAACAGACAGCUCCUGUGGAAGACACUGAAGAAAGAGCUGAGCAGCCAGGGGCAUCUGAAGGACAGCCUCUGAACAAAGUUGCUGAAGGAGAGCCAAUGGAAGAAGUAGUUCAAGAAAUGACGUUAGAUGAGUGGAAAAAUCUUCAGCAACAGAAUCGACCAAAGCCUGAAUUCAACAUCCGGAAGCCAGAAUCCACUGUUCCUUCCAAAGCAGUGGUGAUUCACAAGUCAAAAUAUAGCAAUGAUUUGCAAAAAGAAGCCUUUGAAGAUGAUUCUCAUGUCUUUCGAAGACCAGUGAAUGACAUAACAUCUCAGCUGGAUAUUAAUUUUGGGAGUCUUCCUCGCCCUGGCCGUGGAUCAAGAGGAGCACGAGGUGGUCGCGGUCGUGGCAGACGAGUUGAGGAGGCAGGAUCUCGACCAGAAGUAGUGGUGCAGCUUGUUGCUCCAAAUCCUGAUGAUCCUGAGGAUUUUCCGGCUUUAGCUUGAACUGUCAUGAAUGGUGGUAUCUCACAGUAGCUUUGGUGUAGCUGUGAAGAGACCAGGUUUAUGCUGGCGUGGAUAAAGAAAGUCUCUUGCUACUGGAAAAGCUGUUUGAGUGUUUGGUGUGGAAUGAUUGCAGCCCGCUGCUAAUGGACUUGGGUUCUGGAGAUACUGAUGGACUGGGAUCCUGUCACAGGUUCCAGUGCCUGCCUCCAUUGGUGAAGACUGUGUGAAGGCUUACAGUACUUCACUACAAGGCUUCAAAUGAAGUUCAAGACUACAGUGUUUAAAAAUGUGUAUAUAGAGAUUAUAUCAAGUUCUCCAUGACACUGUGGUGAAAGGUAAACUGUACAACAUGGUCUGCAGUUGGGACUCUAUUUCACUGUACACUUGAAAGCUGCUUCCCCUGUUUCUUUGAGUGAAGUGUGUAUUUCACACAGUCACAAGUUGCAGUUCUUUGGAGUUUGGCAAAUAAAGGAAAGGGCUCAUUGGUUUGGGUUACAGGUAUUAUUUUCACAAGUCAGAGUAGCAGAUUGAAGCUUUUGCUGUUUGGAUGUAGUCUGGAAAAAGAAGGAAAAAAAAAAAAGAAAAAAAAAAACCCAACCAAACCCAAAACCAACCCUAAACAGCAGACCUUACUCACCCAAAACAGUGAACAUCUCUCUAAACAGAAGUGAUCUUUAAAAUUAAGGCAGCACAGAUGCUUUUAACUGAUAGCUAACCAUAAGCGUUGCUUCAGUAACAAGAUAUAAUCUGCAACUACUUUGAAGAUGUUGAAGGUGAAGUAAAGUAAGAAUUUUGAGCUAAAGACAGAACUAAACUGUUAAGCUUUUAAUUUUAGCAGGAGUGACUACAAACUAAAAUGUUUCAUGCCUUACCAAGAAGUUUGUGUGACAUUGGGGAUGAGGUGGGAUGUCCUUUCCUUGCAGCUUUAACGUACUUCCUCCCUUGAGCCAGAUACCCGAACUUGUUCCCUGUCAAAGGGGACACUCAGAGCUGCUCUCAGGUAUCCGAGAGAAACAAGGAAAUGGUGCCAGAAGUGAUGAGGGAAAGAAAUGAGAGGACAACCACACCGGAAGUAGCUGUCAGCCUCAAAGGAGUCUUCAAAUUCCUGCUCAACUUGAACUCAUUCUUUCAAUUUACUGGGAAAGCAGAUGAAUAUAAACCUUCCCCCCCCCGUUCUCUGCCUCACUUUGUUUUGUAUCACUUCUAAGCAGUCUCCUUUGAGAGCAAAUAGUGGAUGAGACUUGAAGAGAAGAACUGUUUUGCUUUGGAGUAAGCUCUAAGAGUAUUCAGAAACUUUAACUCUUAUCUCUGUGGUAAGGCUUUAUGCAAGUAGGAUAUAAUAAUCCUAGAAAGACUACUGACCCUUUUCUAUAUGCUCCAAACAGACGGUCUGCAAAGUAGUGCUGCCCAAAGAACUUUUCUUACGUUGUUAAAUUACUUAUAUGACAGUUUGCUAUAACAUGAGAUUUCAGGUUCCACAAGGAGCUCAUUUUAGUGGCAUAGAGAUACUCUUGACAACCUGUAGUAGAAAGAAUGUGCAAAAGCGAACGAAGUGCUGGUGUUAGAGGAACCCAUGCUGUUGCCUUUUGAGUAAUUGAACUGGAUGAAAUAACAUAAAUUACUCUUUCACCUUGUAGGAGCAAGCUACUACUUGAAAUCACUGCAGUUUAAGAUUUAACUGCUGCUGCUCUUUUAAUAGGUGUUUGGGUGUUUCUGCCAAAAAUGGCAAUUUCACAAUUGUGGAACAGUAGUGAUUUUGUCUGUGAGGGUCUUGGGAUUUUUUUGCUUGUUCUUCCCUUCCUCUUCCCCUUAUCCCAUUGGACAGGGAAGAAUGUGUCUGAAUUUUUAUUUGUUUUUGCUUGCAGGGGUGAGUAUGUAUAGGUGCAUAGAGCUUCUUUGCAAGGCUCACCUCUGUUUUCCAUCAUGUUUUGAAGGUGUAGCCUCUUCUUUUACUAACACCUCUUUUUGCUAAGGAAAGCAGUGAAAUACUUAAAAGCAACCAUUCCUUUUUCUACUAAAAAUAUGAAAUCUUGUUAUGCUACUGGGCUGAAUCUGGUCUAAUGCAGUUGGUUCAGUUUUGACUGUUAUCUGGGAAGGCUGAAAGGAUUGCUUUAUUUUUCAGUCUGGUUCCUGCUGCUGCAAAGUUACUGUUUAGUCCUCUAACUGUGAUCUGUUUUUCAAAACAGAAUGACAAAACUUUGUGAGAAUGAGGUUUAGUGUAGCUGGUUGCUGCUCAUUAAAUCAAAAGUGUCUUAGAGCAGCUACGUGUGACAAUUUUCAGUCUGUCAGACUUGAAUAUGGCUUAAGUUUCUCUAGUUGAUAGUAUAUAAGUAUAGAAAAGAAAUUGUUAAUUCUAAGUGGUGACAGUGAUCCAAUUCCUUUGCCUAGCUGUGAAAAGAGAACUUACUAAAUCUCAGUCAUCUGUCAUAUUUAAGGUAUCAGAAUAGCUGUAUCUGUUAAGCACAUGUCUGCUGGUAACAGUCACUCCUGGUUUAGCUUUACUCCUUCAUGUAAAGCAAAUGGUAGCAGGUGUAAAUAUAUACACAAACACUAGUAAAACAUAGCAUGCAUCUUAGGAGAGAUUAAAUUGUGUUGCAGAUCUUAGUCAUGUUACUCUUUAAUGCACUACUUCAAGGUACUCUGCUGUUAGGAUUACUGUAGUGAGUGGCCUAGGAAAAACUACUGCAUUUCAGCUUUGAGUUUUAGAUUAAUGUAAAUCACAGUAAGUUUGCAAAGAAAGGAAUUCACCUCUCUCCACAGCUGUCAUAGUGUUGAUUAUAUGUGGUCCACUUGAAUCAUAUGUAGUACUGUGGUAUAGGAUUGGCAAGAGUGUAUUACUAUGAAAGUGCCUUUAAAGGAAAGAGGAGAGGAAUAUCUGUGCUUAACAUCAGAAUACUGAAGAAUAACUAAAAAGACUCAGAAGUAAAAAGCCCUGGUUGGGCUUUAUCAAAACUUGAGUUGAUAAAAAGGAAUAUUAGGCAAUUGAGCCCAUGGGAGAUAAGCUUUCAGCUCUGGUAACACUUUUUCAUGUGAAAACAGGACUGGGGGUAUGCAAAGCCUUUUGGCCCAAACCCAAAAUCUGUAGCCUUAGUACACCUAUGUCAUUAAGAUUAUUCUUACCUAAUGUUCAAGCCAUUUUUUUCCCUUCAGAGCUGUUACAGGCACAUGUGCACAUACACACAUCCACAUAAAAAUAUAUAUACACACACAUACAUAU